AUUCGUGUAUUAAUGAUAAAUUUAGCCGAAGUUCGGGCAGCAAUCAAAGAAUUGCACAACCGUUCGACGGUGCCGGAACCCGACUCACCGGAAGCUACAAUUGCUCUAGCUGAAACGUACGAUAAGACUCUCGUUAAUUCGGACGAGCCGAACCCCUGUCUACCGACAUCAGAAGUGCUACUCUCAGACCCAUGUGAUACGGUUUUCAAGACAAGGGAUAUCACCUCUCGUUCUGCCACUCUUCCAAUCAACUCACCUCUUCGCAACCCCCGAAUCGAUUGGUCAUCCAAUGUGAUAAAUCCUAAGUACUCGGUCGAUGCAGAAUUCAGCCCCGGACCAGAGCUUCCCCGUGGGGGCUCAGAUGACAUGGAAUGUCAGAUUACGUUCAAUGGACAACAGACUGUGCCUCGUGGAGUUUCUUCUCACCUGCGUCACAGCACUAACAAUUUGGGGACUGCAAUGCGGAAACCGGAACAAACAUUGAGUGAAACGCUGGCUGUGUUGACUCAUCGACUGGCGGAAAAGCGAUGUUCUGCCAAAAGGCCAGAAUGUCUACAACUGAUGACUCGGAAACAAAUAGAAGAAGAGAAAUUGGAUCUUCAGAAGGCGUUGCUGUAUUUUGAAGGACUGCAUGGAAGGCCCUCGGGAAGACACGAACGCCUGAUCAUGCGACCUCUUUAUGAUCGGUAUCGUUCAGUAAAACGCAUGCUGAAUCAAGAAUCCCAAAUGGAAAAAUCACCUCCGGCUUCCGUAGAGGCUUUCAAAACGGCACAAUGUGAGAACAAGCAUGUUGUCUCCUCCGAGGGGGAUUCCGGACAAACAGAUAAUCCCCUUAGUUCGUCCACUUCCGCACACGUUCGACCUUUUGUACUGGAUGAUCCGCGGGAGGUCUGGGAUAAGGGAACCCAGUCAAAGUUUGCGACUCUCCCGAAUGCAUUGACUCAUCUGAAUGAAUACAGAGAGUCCACACCGAGUGAGAUUUUGGGGCAAAAGCACACUGUGCAAAACGACACCAAAAGUAUCAGUGUCGGAUCCCUAUCCCAAUCGACAACCAGUUGUCAGGCAAAAAACUCCCGAAUGCACAGAAGUGAAUUGCAUCUGGCCGGAUAUAAUGCUUCCUCACAAUCAGACGAUCGGCGUACACCCUUCCGAAACCCGUCAGCUGGAGACGGUGAUGUCGACACUCGUGACCGAAUUGGUUUGUCCGGAUCCGGUUUCCGUCGUUCGUCGGUUCUCGGCAGCGGCAGCAGCAGCAUGAUUGAUCAGGUUCAACUCACAGAUACGGGAGCAAAUAUGAGCGCAACGUAUACUCCUUCUUUCGGACUUCCCCAUUCCAGUUCACACACAGCCAAUCUAGUCAUAGAAAAAGAUUCCAGUGUGACGUGUUCGCUCAGCGGACUGACCCUUCCGAAUCCGAUUGGUCGAAAUGAAGCUACUGAAGAUGAUCCGAAAAAGUGGCCGCUUUCACGACUGCGGAACGAAGUUACGGUAGUCAGAGAAUCCAAACGUCAGUUACAAAAGAUUCUAAAAGAGUUUGAGCAUGAUUUUGAACAAACCACGGGUCAUAAAGUCGAACGUGCUGAUCGAUCGUCCAUGCGCAACGAAUACACGCGAUACAAAUUUUUGAAAUCACGCCUCGCACUUCUCGAAGCGGAACUACGCAGUCGUGUGAAUUGA